AUGUCAGGCACGCGCACUCGCUCAGGGUGCAUGGCAUGUCGACGCCGCAAGAAACGAUGCGAUGAAGUCAAGCCAAAUUGCCGGCGUUGUCAAGUAUCUGGCGCGUCUUGCCUCUAUCCCAAUGCCAGCGGAUCUUUCAAUGAGCGAUACCUUAUCUCGUCAGCUUUGAAUCAUUACAUUCUACCAAGCACAUCUGCCGAAAGACAUUUUGUGAAUCUACAUCCGAGAGAUAUUGCUCGCCUUUGCCUGUCAUACGAUGAACAGACUACUCACCCUUUCGACACAGAUCUCACUAUCUAUGGUCAGAUACCGAGGCCCUUAUCUGGAAAUGAUGCUCUCGUAGAUGUCUCUGAGAGGAACUUACUUCAGUAUUAUUCUGAAGUCAUCAGUGCAAGCAGAGUCUACGUGACCGGGGACGUGAAUCCGUUCCGUUCGUUGACUAUGCCUUUUGCUUAUACACGACGUGGACCUCUGCUUUUAACCAUUUUAGCCUUGAGUGCAGCUGAGAUGGCCAAUUCGGGCUGCGGUCAGCCCGCUCGUUUGAUGUCGAAUGCUGCUGUGUAUUAUGACAAUGCGAUCAACCAGCUGCAGCAGUCGCUGGAGAACUCCUACGACGCCGAGGAAAAUCUCUUGACUUGCGUCCUUUUGUCUUCUUUCGAGAUCACCAACGGAUCUCGUCCAGCAUGGCUGCAACAUCUCAACGGAGCUGUAGCUAUCCACAACCAUUUCGCGUCGUCUAUUGGUCGUGACUCUGCCUUAUUCGCCUACCAAUACUUCAGCUCUAGAUGGAUACUAUUGGAAACGACCAUGCCUCCAGGAACAUACCCAUGGGAGAAAGUCAUGGCAGAAGAUUCGAUGACAUUUCAGCUUCUCCAGAACCUGAAUUCAAUGCUGGAGCAAACGGUCGAUACUGUUCCCACUGUCGCGAUGCAAAACAUCGACAAUAACAUCGGUUGCUCGUUGGAAUAUCUUCAGCUCAUCAACAGAAUAUCGAUCCUGUCGGCUAUGAAGUUUCACUGUCAGGCCGAUGAGACUGCUACCGAGGAAACCUACGAGCUGUAUUCUACCACAGCGAUGGCCUUCGAUGACGCCCUGAAGGAAAUGGUAUUUAUCACCAGAUCACAAGACACAUAUAUUGAACAAAGCAGCCGAUGUUUCAAGCUAGCGGCCAGAGUCUACCUACGUCUGAUCUGUCUCGAUGCCAACCUCAAUCACUUAGCCUUGAUCGAGAUGCAGAACGACUUGGUUCAAGCUUUGCGCCUGGUUAUCAACGAAGACCAGCAACGACGAGCAUUCCCUAUGUGGCCUCUGUUUAUCGCUGCAUGUGCAAGUUAUGAGGACGAGCACCGAAAGGUUGUCCUGGACAUGUUCCGCACGCUUGAGAGAAAGUGGCCGAUUGGCAACAUCACAUAUGUCCGGAACGUCACCACACAAAUCUGGCAAAGUCGCGACUUGAACGGGCACGACAACAACAGCCGAAGACACGACUGGCAGAGGCUCAUCACGACAUUCGGCUGGAAGCUCGCGCUGUCCUGA